CUCUCCGCCCCCUCGACCAAUCACCCUCGACCGUUCGCACCUAAACCGCUGUGACGGGCAAAUCGAAUCGACCAACUAAGCUGCCGUGCGUAAUAUCAGCCAAGGCAAAACCAACGACAGCAGACAAAAAAAGGAGUCAUCGUGAAAAACAAACCCUAAAUCGGAAAGCCAAGUGGAAAAAAGGGGCCUGCAAUCCCACUGUUGUUCCCAUCGCACCCCAAAAACAGCGCAUAACCCGCACAGUUUCGUCUGUCUCUCCCUGUCUUGUCUCUCUUGGCCCAGUUCGCUUGUCAACGCUACAGUGGAAAUCGACGGGCGAGGACCACCUUUCCGUCCUCUCGGCUCAAUUCCUGGCUCUUCUAUCUAUCCACUUCUAAUUACGCGUGGGCGCGACUUUUUUUCUUUGGUCUCGUUUCUCUCAUAAUAUCUGUCGGUUCUGCGCUAUCGCCCGCUAUCAGCCUACGCUCUUCGUCCCUACUGCACCACGCUUUUGUCGCGCGACGUGCGAUAUACUGCAGCCACAAUCUACACCAAACCUUACCGGGCUCUUCAGCGAGGAAACACCGACACUAACGCCCCCCCAGGGCCGAGAAAAUAAGGAAAAGUCUCGCACUAGCCACUCACAGCGACCCAGCUCCAAAACGAACCAACCAACCGCCAUCCCCCAGCCCGGCCCCUCUCGUCCCGGCCUUUCAGCAAAUCAGCUUUUGCGAUCUCUACCUUGUUCGCAUUCAAUCCAUCAACGAGCUUCGCGACCCCGACGAGGCCAUCAUCAUCGAUUUCUGAGUCCGAUUUGACCGUCUCACCGUCGACGCUAUUUUACAGUGCCUCGCAGCACGGCACCCGUCCUGCAUUAAAUCGCGCUUGCAGCCUACCAUCAUUUCACGGUCGGGUUCCAUUGCGCGCCAAUAGACUUGCACCCCGCGCGUCAGAUCUUCGAAUCACCAUCGAUUUUUAUUCUCCGAGUUGCAGUAGCAGCCGCUAUCGAUCUGCGUAUAAAGAUAUUUGAUUGCUCUUUGUUAGACAAAAACUACGGAAAGCUUUAGAAACAAGCUUAGCCUCAAGACUUUUUGCAUCAAACAUUAUCUUUUUCCCUCUAGACAAGCUGUACUGUCUGCUCCGACGCCAUCGCAAGAGCAAGCUGAUUUGACAACGUCCACAACCGAGACGCACUCACAGCAGCGUCAUGUACCAAUCACAGUAUGGCGUGUCCCAGCAGGGCAUGCAACAGGUCCCCUAUGGCAUGCCAGGCAUCCAGGCAGCUGCCAUGGCCGCUACCGCAGCUGCUUCCGGCUCCAACUAUCCCUACAUGCAGUCCGAUCCCAAUAUGCCCCAAACAUCGCCGCGGAUGGGCUCUGGCGCAAAGAAAGACGGCCGACCCUCACCCAGAAUGGCUCAAGUCCCAGGCGGCGGCCGACGCCUAAGCCAAGUGACCAGCCCUGGCGUUCCAAGUGCUCCAACAAUGAUGGCACAUGGUGCUGCCAGACCGGCAGCUCAGAUGGGUCAGCAUCCUGGAUCCCCCGAACUUCCUGCUGCCCCCGUCGAAGAAUCACCGCUCUACGUCAACGCGAAACAGUUCCACCGUAUUUUGAAGCGAAGAGUCGCCCGUCAACGUCUUGAGGAGCAGCUGCGCUUGACCUCUAAGGGACGCAAGCCAUACCUCCACGAGUCUCGCCACAAUCAUGCUAUGCGCAGACCCCGUGGGCCUGGAGGACGGUUCUUGACAACAGAAGAAGUGGCUGCCAUGGAGCGAGAAGGCAAGGGCCUUGAUCUUGGAGAGGAGGCCGAAUCCGCUGUACCCAAGUCACCUCCUAUCAGUGCUGGCGCCAAGAGAAGAGCAGAGGCUCUCAGCAACCAGAACAAGAAGCUCAAGGUGCUAGAAGCCGCUCACCGCCCCGAUGGUGCCAAUGAGAGUUGAUGGAAACGUCGCUAAACGAACUCGCUAGCGAAGCUAUGUGAGCCACCCUGUUAGGUGCUACUUUACGACGCCAUGACUCCACCCUAUGCGGGUUCUUUUCUUCUCUUGUUUUAAGCCUCUACAAUAACGAGCACACUAAGUAUGCUACCAAGCCAUGCUUACUCGUUGCGUAUCAUAUGGAUACCUCGAGCUUUGAACUGGUACCUCUGGGCUCGGGCCAACCGACUUGGAGUUACAGUUUGUGUUUUUAUCAUGUUGUUUUCAUACUAUAUACACAGUUGGACUGGCGACAGUAGAGCUCCCGCGUUGAAACGCGCAGAGUUUAGCCGCAGUCGCGGAGAAUCACAGAUGGCUCUUCAUGACGGAUACCCUUUGCUUUCACUUCUUUAGCUCCAUGCCGGUAAUGGAGCACGCUCACAGACCCUGCUCUUCCCUGGUUGGGCAAGUGUCGACGGCGCUUUUCACCCCAUUGGGAUCACACUUAUACAAACACGAAAACUCCUUGAAAAAAAAACAUUUCUUGCGAGGGCGAUGGUGUCAUGAGAGCAAACACUGCAGCGCGGAUGAUGCUGUGAAAAGGAUGGAUGGGAUAUAUGGGAAAUGGGUUUCUUUUUGCUUUAUAUGUUAAAGGCCUUGGUGAAUACUUAUAGAUUCAAUGGCGAUGGGUUACCGCCACGACAGUCUUGUUAAGACCAGGAGUAGUUUCGGAUUGUCGGAUAUUCAUUUUUUUUUUAAAUUGAUAAAAAAAAUAUUCAUACCGCUU